CUCUCUGCAUAUUUGAUUUUCCUCCCGGGCUGCAAAAUGUAGUCUGCUCCAUCUAAUUUCACUACUUUCCAACAGUUUUGCUGGUGGGCUUCUUUCCUACCCCUUCCAUUUAGCUCCGGCUUUAGGGUGCUUUCUGCUAAAUGAAGCCAAUUAAUAAAUGGAGACGUUAAGCAAUCAAUUUUGCCUGCCUAUCUCCCCAGCCUAACGUACGCCCGGCUGUAAUCGCAAGAUAAAUGCGAUGUGCUGAUGUAUGGUAAUGUUCAAUAAUACAUUCUCCGCCAGGCUCAAUUCAUCAGGGACUUUCUGGAGGGGAGGCAUUCGUUAUUGGCUGUCUCCGGACCUCAAGGAUAACAUUCCUGUCCUUUCCAUUGGCCGACCCGCUGCUGCAAGCCUCUUCCCGUCUUAUUUUGAUGAUGAAUAUGAAGGCACGCUGAGCCGUGCCGGAGCGCAGCGCUCGCCCACCGCACUCCCUCCCCGGGCUCAAGGACUUCAGGGGCUGCCUCGCCGCUUCCCCUGCCCGCCGCCGGCAGCAGCAACGACCAAAGUUGUGAUGCUUUUCUUCACCCAGUGCUUUGGGGCUGUCUUAGAUCUCAUCCACCUGCGGUUUCAGCACUACAAGGCGAAGAGGGUUUUCUCGGCCGCCGGGCAACUUGUCUGCGUCGUCAACCCAACGCACAGCCUGAAGUAUGCACCGACCCGCUGCACAGCCGCGCAGACGUCCACGGAGCAAGGCAGCCUUCCACCCUGCCAUCACCACGAGGCCGUGCAUGACCCCCAGCUGGUUCCCUGCACGUGCCCGCUGUUCUCCUGCCCGUGGGAAGGCCACCUGGAGGUGGUGGUGUCCCACCUGAGGCAGACCCACCGCAUCAACAUCCUUCAGGGGGCAGAGAUUGUCUUCCUGGCCACGGACAUGCACCUGCCCGCACCCACAGACUGGAUCAUCAUGCACUCUUGCCUUGGCCACCAGUUUUUGCUGGUCCUCAGGAAGCAGGAGAAGUACGAAGGCCACCCGCAGUUCUUCGCCACGAUGAUGCUGAUCGGCACGCCGACCCAAGCCGACAACUUCACCUACCGGCUCGAGCUCAACAGGAACCAGAGGCGCCUCAAGUGGGAGGCGACCCCGAGGUCGGUGCUGGAGUGCGUGGACUCCGUCAUUUCAGACGGGGAUUGCCUCGUGCUGAACACUUCCCUGGCUCAGCUCUUUUCUGAUAAUGGGAGCCUAGCGAUAGGAAUUGCAAUAAGCACCAGCAAAGUUCACAACGGCGAGGCUGAAAUGUGAGGGGAAGAGGAGGAGGAGGAGGAAUGACGGUGCUCCUGCUGCCUCGUGAGAGCCAGAACUUGCAGACGUUUUGGGGGGGGUCUCAGGUCUUUUAUGGUAUUUAGUACUGGUCCACAGUGGGCAUUAUGUAAACAUCCCGUGGUUACGGUCUCUGUGUAAUGUACUUACUGUUUUGUUAAUACAAUUUUAUGAGAAAUUUUAAAGAGGCUAAUCCAUUUAUUGGCGCCCUUCCAGCAAUAUUGGAGCCUUUUGGGUUAACACUGCUCUCCUGGAAAGUGCACCAGGGUUGACUCAGUUUGAGAAUGCCAUGAAAAUGUGUUUCCUUUGUUGUCUGCCUAACUGCCUGGUAUUAAGGAAGCCCCUAUGCCUGGUAAAAGGUAAAGUAUUCCACCAAGGUACAGGAGCACCCAAUUUGUAACAGGUUCAUCACUGAUUAACUUCAUCACUGAUUAACGAGCAGCUUCAGAGGACCUGGUGCACUGCAGUGAAUGACCUCAAGUGGACAGAGUUACAGAAGGUUUCAGACUGCUGGAGGAAGCUUGCACCUCCCCUCCCGCCUUCCUUUUGCACCACUUACUUACCUCCCUGUGUUUUUUCCACACCAGCACCAGAGAUUUAACUUUUGUACUAUGGUCACAACCAAGCCCCAGUGAGUUUGUGGUUUCAGAGCUCCCUUUAUCUCCUGAAGAGGCAGCAUUCACCAGCCAGACUGUGAACAUUUCAGAAGAAAAAGUAAUUUUUCCACUGAGCCGGGGCCUUGGAAACUUCAUCCUGCAUUAAAUCAGCAACGACAGCUAGUGGGCGGUCACGGUGAGCAUGGUUAAAUCUCAUUCAUGUGUCACGAUGCAGAGGGAGAGUCCUGAUAGAUGGUCUGCUUCCAGGAUGGAGAUAACCAUAACCUACAAACAGAACAUUCACCUUUUUAUCUACUAUUUCCUCAUGUACUGCAAAUGAGAUUUUCAGAAAAUGAAGUAUCAGGGAGUCCAAAAAGUGUGAACUGAUCUUGCUAUUGAAUUCUGUGUCCCUUAGCCCCACAGCUUAUGCUGCUAAGUAUUGGUUGGUUUAAAACAACAAAGCUGGAAUAUCUGUUUGCAAA